AUGGCCCGUAAAAGUUUUGAUUAUUACCAAUCUGGUUCUUCAAAUUAUGGCCCUCCUUUUAUUGGAAGUAAUAAUAAUAAUAACGUUGGAGGGCCACCUCGAAAGAUGAGUCUAAUUGUGAUGCAACAGCAACGAAAAAAGUCGUUAUGUAUUAUUCCAAAGCCUUGGGGAGAUUCUAGUGAUUAUUACUCUACAACUAUUGCAAAGGCAGCGUUUCUCUCUUCCACGAUGCUGCAACAGCAACAGCAACAAACAUCUACGAGUACUCCACAAACUAAUCAACAACAAUUAAAACCAGGUCAGAAAGUUCGUCCAGACGAUAGACGUAGAAGUGGUCUCGGUACAAUUAAAGAAUGCUCUAAUAUUGGUAUUGGGUUAACACAAACACAAUUAAUGACACCAAAUUUGGCUAACAAACGGGAUUCUAUGGCUAUGAUAGCCGAUUUAUUGGCUGCCACUUCUCUUGGUCCUGGAAGGAAAUUGCCUCAAUCAUCACUUCUCGAGCACCCAACAGCCAAAAGAAUUCUUAAAUUAGCCUGCCUAAUUUCCCUCAUAAAUGUUUGUUUUCACACCCCUCGGACCAUUCAAUUAAUUCCAAAUUUAAAUUUGGCAUUAAUUAUUGGGGAUGCUUUUGUUGUUGGUGUUUUUACAUUAGAAGCAUUUACACGUUCUGCAAUUCUUGGAUUAAUUCAACGUCCAGAUUCGUAUUUACGUGAUCGUUGGUGUCAAUUCGAUUUUUUACUUUUACUUUUUCAUUGGGCAUCCUGGAUUCUUCAUUUAUAUCAAAUUGGGGUUAAACAUGUUUUCCCUUCAUUUGGUUUUGUUUAUUAUGAUUGGCUGGGAAUAAUAAGAUGUGUUAGGCCUAUGAUAAUUCUUCGAUUAAUAAGACUAAUGAUAACAGUAAAAGUCCCAAGACAAAGAAUACAGCAACUUCUCAAACGUUCAAGUACUCAAGUUCAAAACGUGACAGUUUUCUUUCUUUUCUUUAUGGCUUUAUAUGCAAUUAUGGGUAUACAAUUAUUUGGAAGGAUGGAUUAUCAUUGUGUUUUGCCUGGAACUGAUCCAAAAAAUGUUACAAUAAAUGAUUUGGCUAUUCCAGAUACUAUGUGCUCAAAGGAUGGUGGGGGUGGAUAUGAAUGUCCAGAAAAUAUGGAAUGUAUGAAACUCGAUUUGAGUGCUAAAAGUGAAGGAUUUUAUGGAAUGUUUGAUCAUUUUGGUGCUUCUGUGUUUACUGUUUAUUUAGCUGCAUCAGAAGAGGGUUGGGUAUAUGUCCUUUAUGAUUGUCUAGAUUCUUUACCUUCACAUUUUGCUUUUGUUUAUUUUGUUACUUUAAUAUUUUUUCUUGCUUGGCUAGUUAAAAAUGUUUUUAUUGCUGUAAUUACUGAAACUUUUGCUGAAAUUCGGGUACAAUUUAGUGAAAGUUGGAAAAAAGAGGAAAGAACAAAAAUUGAAGAUGAUUUUAAACAAAAAAUUGAACGUUCAGAUGAUGGGUGGAAAUUAAUUCGUUUAGAUAAAGAAGAAAAAUUAAGUCCGAGAAUUAAAAAAUUUCAAAAUAUACUUCGUUCAACAGCCUUUCAAUGUAUUAUUGUAACUUUAGUUUUGGCAAAUGCGGGGAUUAAUGCAUCUUUUGUUUAUAAACAUGAUGAAAGUGAUGCAAAAAGAAGAGAAAUUUAUUAUUGGAUUGAAGUAGCAUUUACGAUAUUAUUUGAUAUUGAAUGUUUUAUUAAAUUACUUUGUUAUGGCAAACAAUUCUUUAAAAGAAAUAUUUAUAAAUUUGAAUUAAUAUUAGUUAUUGGGGGAACUUUAAAUGUUUUUAAAUAUUUUUAUCAUCAAAAUUAUUUUACUUAUUUUCAAGUUUUCCGUCUUCUUCGUUUAAUUAAAGCUUCUCCAAUGCUCGAAGAUUUUGUUUAUAAAAUUUUCAGUCCAGGCAAAAAAUUGGGGGGUUUAGUUCUUUUUACUUUUACUUUUGCUAUUUGGGCGUCAGCAGUUUCUUUACAAUUAUUUUGUACAGUUCCAAAUUUAACACAUUUUCAAACAUUUCCCCAAGCAUUUAUGGCUAUGUUUCAAAUUAUAACACAGGAAGGAUGGACUGAAUUUGUGGUUGAAGUUUUGAGAAUGAUUGAUGAUAGAAUGGUGCCUUUUGUUGCAAUUUAUUUUGUUGCUUAUCAUCUUUUUGUGACAUUAAUUGUUUGAAGUCUUUUUGUUGCUGUUAUU